GGUUGUGACGCCUGUCCCAACCCCAACCUGCCACUCUAUAAAACCUUUUCCACCCCAAAGCACCUCACACACCGACACCCUUUUCAGUUUCACAACACUAUAUAUCACUAUCUCCAAUCCAUUGCCAUUCCACCUCUUCCCUCUUUUUGCUGUCUCCAAAUUCACUUCCUCCACCACCAUGCAACCUAUUCUCAUUUUUUUAGACUCUUUCCACUCCCUUCUCACCAUCACUUCCCUGCUUUUCACUUCUUUCUUCCUUCUCCUCAUCCCUUUCCUCCAAUGGUGGCACCACCACAAACACAAAAAAUUGCCCCCUGGCUCCAUGGGUUGGCCCUACCUAGGGGAGACCCUCAAGCUCUACACUGAAAACCCAAAUUCCUUCUUCUCUAACAGGCAAAAACGGUAUGGAGAUAUAUUCAAGACAAACAUAUUGGGUUGUCCUUGUGUGAUGAUAUCAAGUCCUGAGGCAGCAAGAACUGUGCUUGUGACUGAAGCACAUCUCUUCAAGCCAACAUACCCUCCAAGCAAAGAGAAGUUGAUAGGACCUGAGGCUGUCUUCUUUCAACAAGGUGCCUACCACUCCAUGCUCAAGAGGCUGGUUCAGGCCUCCUUUCUACCCUCCACAAUUAAACACUCAGUCUCUGAGGUCGAGAAAAUUGUCACCAAAAUGGUGCCAACUUGGGCCAACACAACCAUCAACACCUUGCAAGAGAUGAAAAAGUAUGCUUUUGAAGUGGCUGCAAUCUCUGCCUUUGGUGAAAUAAAGGAGAUCGAAAUGGAAGAAAUCAGAGAGCUGUAUCGAUGCUUGGAGAAGGGCUACAACUCUUAUCCAUUGCAUCUCCCUGGAACUGCCUAUUGGCACGCAAUGAAGGCAAGGAAGCAUCUGAAUGAGAGCAUAAGGAGGAUAAUAGAGAGAAGGAAAGAAAGUUCAGAGAGUGGAGGGGGGCUAUUGGGAGUUCUAUUGGAAGCAAGAGGUGAGAAGAAAAAGAAGAUGUGUGAGCUGAGUGAUUCUCAAGUUGCUGAUAACCUCAUUGGUGUCAUAUUUGCUGCACAUGACACCACAGCUAGUGCUCUUACAUGGGUCCUCAAAUAUUUACACGACAACACCAAUCUUUUGGAAGCUGUCACGAAAGAACAAGAAGGAAUCAGAAACAAACUAGCUAUGCAGAAUCGUGGACUCUCCUGGGAUGAUACUAGGCAGAUGCCCUUCACUACCCGGGUGAUCCAAGAAACACUGAGAAGUGCAAGCAUUUUGUCAUUCACAUUCAGAGAAGCAGUAACAGAUGUUGAGUUGGAAGGUUACACUAUUCCAAAAGGUUGGAAGGUCCUUCCUCUCUUCAGAAGCAUUCACCAUUCUGCUCACUUCUUCCCUCACCCAGACAAGUUUGACCCUUCAAGAUUCGAGGUGCCACCGAGACCAAACACUUACAUGCCUUUUGGAAAUGGUGUCCACUCUUGUCCAGGCAGUGAGCUGGCUAAGCUUGAGCUUCUUGUCCUUCUUCAUCAUCUCACCAUUUCUUACAGGUGGCAAGUUGUGGGAAAUGAAGAUGGAAUACAAUAUGGUCCUUUUCCUGUACCCAAACAUGGAUUACCAGUGAAGAUAACCACGAGGAACAAGAUAUUUACGUGAUCGAAGUUGCAAACUUAGACCUAUGAAUUCAGAACAUGCUAAGAAAGUGGGGCCAAAGCAAUUUGUCCCCUCUCAAACUAAUUAAUAAAUGUAUUUUUUUUCCUUUUCAUUUUGAUGUAGAGAUAUAUAGAUUCUUCUCACAUUCAUAUAGGCCCUAUAUGAGAUGAAUCUAGCUAGCUAGCUACCUCUGAUUUCACUCUGCAUGAUCAAUAUCUGUGUAAGCAGUAUGUUUGUGCAGAAAAAAAUGUUCAAGUAAAUAAAAUAUUCAAAAUUGGAAUA